AUGGGUAGCAUCUCCUCAUCAGUCUUUAACGAAGCUGCCGACGAUAGCUCUGCGACACCAACUCCAGUCGUCGACAACAACAACAACAACAACCCUCAAGUAACGCUUCAAACUGGUCAGGCGGACAGGAUUCUCCGGGAGCGCUGCCCCUUGUGCUUCAGCAGCACGGACUGGGGUCGUCCACUCAUGGUGGCGACAUCCAGCUCGCCGGAGAUGCUUGUUUUAGUUAUCGUCAUCUGCGCUCCGCUGGCGAUGGUCCGACAGGAUAUCAACCAAAGUACUUCAUUGGCAAAGAGAAAGGUCGAUGUGGUCAAACGUCGGAUGGAUGAAGCAAGGCGGAGGCGACCGGCACCAGCAGAUGACAGAUGUGCGGAGAACUGGAAUGCUGCCAACGAGAAGAAGCGGGUGGCAGAUCCCAAGCGAUAUGAUGCAAGUGGCAUCUUUGCGCUGACCUGUCGACACUCUCAGGUGAUCUUCAUGUGCAACAUCGACACGCCUGGCGAACAACAUCACUAUAUUGUUGCCCUUCUCGAGGAAGUGCUCUCUCACCUCCCCUUGGUAGCGACCAUCUGGCAAGCUUACGAUGUGGGUUGUGUAGUUGAUCGGACACUGAAUUUGUAUGAUAUCCUUGGGCCCGGAGUCCGGCAGCGGGUAGCAUUCGUAUUGAAUGCAAUGCACGCUUAUGGGCAUGAAUGGGCGUGUCAACUCUUGUACAAUCCACGAAUGGUUGUCGGAAUGGGAUUGACCGAUAAUGAAUGUAUUGAACGACUAUGGUCCCGUAUUCGCAAGCUUAUUCCAAUCACGCGUGGACAAUGGAAUUCACGGCGUAUAUGGACAAUUGACCAGUAUGCUGCCUUCGUCAACGAGGAUGGCUUCUAUAACCUAAGCGCCUGGAUCAUUCGACAAGAUUCCAAAAACCUAGUCUCCAAAUACAAGACUGCUGUAGCUACCCUACGGCGAUGCGGUGUUCCAGUCACCGAGCUCCGAGUCGAGUGGGCGGAGCAAAAGGCAGCGCAACUUUCGGCGCGAAGACAUGCUCCAAAGCGUUUGUGUCGCGAAUUAGACAAGGUUAUCACACUUCAAGCCCAAAUUGACACGGUGGAGAAAUCAAUUGAGGAUGUGCGACAAUCAAUACCCAACAGAGCUCCUGGAAGCAACUCACGCAAGUUGUUAACCAAGCUCGAGGCAACACAAGUGGAGCUGCAAAGGCAAGCUGAGGAGCUGGAUGCGUCACUCAACAUUCCUGGCAUCUAUCCAGCACUCCAGGGACUCUCCCCAGAGCUUGCGCGACUUCUCAUUACGAUGCGCGAUCUGAAAAUUAGCAUCCGCAAGAAGGCAAUCGGCUCCUUUCAGGAAUGGGAGACACUGGAUCAAGCUGUCUCAGCUAUUGACUCAUUGUUCAUCUCCAGGAACCAAAAUGUACCAAGCAACUCGCUCUACUAUCACCAAGCGCCAACCAGCGCUCAUCAAGGCCCUCAAGAAAUUCAACACAUAUUGCUCGAAUUUGAGCUGCUACGACCAUCUGACUGUCUCAUUCCAGUUCCGCAACCACUUCCCAUCCAACUCAGUGCCCUGCGAGCCGACGAAUCUUUGCAUGAAGAUGUUUGGAUUACGCCAACAGAAGGACGCCCGCCGCGAUGGCUCGAUGACGAGGAUGUCCGCCAGGGUAUCCGUUGUCUCCACACCCUUGAUCGGUGCCGAGAGGAGGCAAUGCGAUUGAAGAUGGAGAAGGACAAUCUGCAUCAGUGGUUAGAGAGCGAGGUCCGAGUUGUUACAUAUGCUUUGGAGCAUUAUCAAGAUGCUCUCGUACAAUUGCCUCUUCGAGAGCGGCGGGAGUAUUUGGCUAUUCUAAAAGCUUCCUGGGCAAGAGGCUUGACAAGCGCCUCUAUUGGUAAUCGCACUCUCGACAUACCAACACUGGUAGCUCCGACAAGCCAUCAGGAUGCUCUUCCUGUCCCUGUCCAGGUUGAGCUUCAACCAUCGGAUGAGCUUGAUCAAGAUGCUGAGGAAUCGCCGUUCGACUCUCCUCAAGACGAAAUGGCUCUAGAGCCUGAUCUGGAGAUGCUGGUGGAUGGUACGGCCGAUACUCAGGAGACACUAGUGCUCGAAGAAGAAGAAGGCGGAGAUGAUUCUCCCGAGGGAGCGGAGAUCAUCUACACAUUUAAGUAUUGCGACGAAUCGCCUCCCCAGCUAGUUGACACGUCGCUUUUCCAGUGCUUGCAAAGCUAUGUUAAUCAACAUCCCGGUCAACGAAGUGCCAACACUUCAUGCACCAUCAUAGACAUAACGGGCCGCAAGCAUUUUAUCGACUCAACAGACCUCGAUCGCCUCUUGCACCGCAAACAAUGGCUGAACAACUUUUGCCUCAACGGUGUUGCAGCCAUCAUUAUGCAAAACUUCAUGUCUCCGACCAGCUCCUGUGCACUCCUGAGCACGCUAGAUCUGCAUCGAGUGCAAUACGGCGCGGACGACUCCGUUCUUUGGCAUCAUCUCGCGCCAACAGUCUACUGGGAGAAGGAUCUCUGGCUUAUUCCGAUUCAUCAACAGCAGCAACAACACUGGGUAUUCGCGAUCGCAUCAAAACAGGAACAGCUAUUGUUCAUCGAUAGUUUCGCAGAUGCUGCUGGCUGGGAUUCCGACCUCGAGGAUAUCAUGAAACUUCUCGCUCAAAUGACUAAGCUAGCAAUUGCGAAUGGCCACCCCAUCCCCUCUAUCCACUCGAAGCGGCCGUGGCUUGUGCAUCCCUUAUUCCAAGAGGGUGCAUCUCAGCAAACCAACGGGUAUGAUUGUGGCCUAUGGGUUAUAUGCAUGAUCGCAGCAGUUCUACGAGGUUUUAGCGUGGUGAAUAUUGUCGAGGCGGAAAUGGCCUAUAUUAGACAGCUCUUCGCACAUAUGGUUCUCUCUAAUUGA